UGUGACAUGCUUUCAUUUAGUUGAUCAAGAUAAACGUGUUUUUGUCAGUGCUGGAACUGUGACGUGACUCCUUGUGUGUGGUGUUGUUCUGUUCUGUUCUCGGGAGAGUUGUAUAAAAAUAAAACUAGCUCCUUUAUGAUGGUAGUAAUACGGAUAUAGAGUGAAAGCAUUACAUCAGCGAGAAUGGGGUCUUCAGAAUUUGCACCAACGAUUCCCUCAGCCAAAGUUUCAGGCCUUUUCAUAUACCCAAUCAAGUCAUGCCGUGGAAUUUCUCUUUCCCAUGUCCCUCUCACACCUGCCGGACUUCGAUGGGAUCGGCAAUGGGUGGUGGUGAAUUCCCAAGGGAGGGCAUGCACUCAAAGAGUUGAUCCAAAGCUUGCUUUGGUUGAGGUUCAGCUGCCAACUGAUGCACUCCUUGAAGACUAUCAACCUACCCACGAUUGCUAUAUGGUGCUGAAAGCACCUGGGAUGCAACCUCUAAAAAUUUGUUUGAGUAAGCAACAUGAAGUAACAGAUGCUGUCACAGUCUGGGAAUGGACUGGGUCUGCCUUGGAUGAAGGAGCAGAGGCGUCUCGGUGGUUCUCAGAUUAUUUAGGAAAACCUUGUCAACUGGUCCGCUUCAAUACUGCUUCGGAAGUUAGACAAGUAGAUCCUGAUUAUGUUGGGAGCAAGCAUCACACCUAUUUCUCUGAUGGUUAUCGAUUCUUACUUUUAUCUAAGGAAUCAUUGGAUGCACUAAACGAGCUUCUAAAGGAACCUAUGCUUAUUAAUCGUUUCAGACCGAAUAUCCUUGUUGAAGGUUGUGAUCCAUAUUCUGAAGACUUGUGGACAGAGAUCAAGAUAAGCAGCUUUUCCUUUCUGGGUGUCAAAUUGUGCUCCCGUUGUAAGGUACCUACAAUCAAUCAAGAGACUGGUAUAGCCGGAUCUGAGCCAUCUGAAACUCUUAUGAAAACUAGGUCUGGCAAAGUCAUUAGACCAAAUGCGAAAAACAAAAACAAGGUCUACUUUGGUCAGAAUAUGGUAUGGAACAGGAUGGAGUCUUCUGUUAAAGGGAGUGGAAACAUCAUUAAAGUUGGAGAUCCUGUUUAUGUUCUUGGAAAGGUCUCUUCCGCUGCUGAAGCAGCUGCUUGAACUGUGUAUGUAGAGUCUGCCGUGAUUACAAUACCAGCAAUUGCUACAAUCACAAGAUUUAUCAAACAUUACAUGCGGAUUAAAAUCUGCACCAAAUAUGUUUCCUGUGGAUUUUUAUUGAAAAUUCGCAAUAAAAUUCUCAUGUAAUGUGAAAAUUUUCUUGUAGUUAGAGAAUUUAGAGAAGUCUUCUUCUAACUCGUUUAAGAUACUUUUUGAAGAAAAGAAAUACUAUUAUUCAAACUAACUGGAAAAAGAGAUACU